CGUCAUAAUAACGCGACAUCGCCGCGAUGAUGUGACAUCAUCACAACAGCGCGCUGCUGGCUUGUCUCGGUUACGGUUCCCACGUGUUAUACGCAUGGCGAGACAGUGGACUGGGGGUCACUCUGGAACUGUGCUCUGUGUGGGUGCCGCGGGGGGACCUGAUGGACUCCUGGCUUCCGGAGGUGAAGGCGGCGAGGUGACGAUCUGGUCGCAGGAAGGAGGACGGCUGAGCACAGUCCGCUUGCAGGGACAGGACGACGUGACCUGCUUGGUGUUCUCGUCCGCGUCGCCGGGCGCCUUAUACGCGUCCCACGGCGGCACCGUCAGCACGCUGGACCCGCGGGACCUUAAAGCUCCAGUGUGCGAGCUGCGCGUGGGGGAGGACGAGAUCAACGCCCUGUCGCUGAACGACACAGGCGCUCUGCUGGCGGCGGCCGACGACUCCGGCUCGGUGUGCGUGGUGGAUCUGGCGGAGCACCAGAUCAGUCGGACACUGCGUCGGCACACCAACAUCUGCUCAUCGCUGGCCUUCAGGCCCAACCGGCCGGACAGCCUGGUGUCUGCGGGCCUCGACAUGCAGGUGAUGCUGUGGAACGUGAACAAGGCCCGCCCCCUUUGGACAGUUAACCUGCAGGACACAGAGGAGGACAGGGCGCUGUCACACACGUCCGGCCAGCUUCUGAACCCGCCACUGGCGCACUGCAUCUCCGUGGCAAGCUGUGGGAACGUGGUGGCCUGUGCUGCGGAAGAUGGGCGUGUGCACCUUCUCCGGGUGGGCGCUGGGUCGCGACCCGAGUCGAUGGGAGCCCUGCGCGCACAUAGCCUGGCCGUAUCUCAGGCUCACUUCCUGAACUUCCUUUCCCAUCCCUAUUGGCUGGCCACAGGAGGCAAUGAUGCACGGGUGUCACUUUGGGACCUUGGUGAGGCUGUGGGGGGCACCGCUAGCACACAGGCCCCCCGCAGGAAGCGCAGGGGACGACGGGGAGCUGGAGCUGGAGCCAAGGCCCAGGCCCAGGCGGACACACCUGACGAGAAGGCAGGUGGCAGCACUGAGAGGGCCUCAGCAUCGAGCCCAGGGCCCAGCCUCAGCUUUGACCAUGGGGAUAAGGUGAACUGGCUGUGCCCUGCUGCGCUUAAGGGGGAACCCUGCCUCCUGGUGGCCGAUCAGAGUAGCACUAUUACUGUGUACUCACUGUCUGGGCCACAAGCUGACCAGGCCAAUGGGGUUACCCUCUGACCCCAUCAGCUUUAUUUCUGUACGGCUUGGACUCCUUGCUCUGCAUGCCGUGUGUGUGUGUGUGUGUGUGUGUGUGUGUGUGUGUGUGUGUGUGUGUGUGUGUG